GCUGUGUUGUUGUCGCAGAUGUCUUUUCAAAGCUGGGCGAUUUUCACUUGUUAAAUGUUUGCUAUUGGUUUUCGUGUCCCGGUUCCGAGUCGAUUGGAUCCACUUUUACUCUAGGUGGGUCAUAAAUAGGAAUUGAUGCCCCGGAGAAGCGACGAGAUGGAGACGUACAACUCCGCAGCUCAUUCUCUGGUGGUGGAAGUCAGCCCAGACAUCCACAUCUGUGGCUUCUGCAAACAACAGUUCAAUCAUUUCGAAGUGUUUCUCGCACACAAGCAGCAUGGAUGCUCCUUCUCUGCGUCGGACCCUGGUGGCCACCUCUCAGGUAACUGCACCUCGGGACUGGAACCUCAGCCACAGCUUUCAAAUGAGUCAAUGUAGAAGUAGAAGUGGGACGCUCAACAACUUUUGAAAACAGCAAUGUGCGGAUACAGUGGAUGUUGCCGUCUGGUCAUGAUCCCAGUGCUGAGUUCGUUCUGCAGCAGACAUACCAGACCUGCGUGUCCAGAGGUGUGAAGCGGAUCCUGAGCAAAGCCCCCAAAACUGCGACAAAGAAACUCAAGCCGACUCUGACCCUGAAGAGACACAGCUGCUGCUUCUCAGGCUGCACCUUCAAAACCCAGUAUGGUCAGAAAGACAUGGAGAGGCACCUGAAGACUCACACUGGAGAGAAGCCAUUCGAGUGCGAGCUCUGCCACAAACGCUUCAGUCGGCGGGACAAACUCAACAUGCACAGUCGCUCUCACACGGGCGAGAAGCCGCACAAGUGCAAGCUGUGUCCUUACGCAGCCGCAGACAGCAGCAGCCUCAAGAAGCAUCUGCGCAUCCACUUUGACGAGAGACCCUUCAAGUGCCAGAUCUGCCCGUACGCCAGCCGGAACUCCAGCCAGCUCACUGUCCACCUGCGCUCACACACCGGCGACGCCCCGUUCCAGUGCCAGCAGUGCGACGCCAAGUUCAAGAUCAACUCGGACUUGAAGCGGCACGUCCGGAUCCACUCGGGUGAGAAGCCUUACAAAUGCGACUUCUGCGACUAUCGCUGUGCCAUGAAGGGGAACCUCAAGUCUCAUGUGCAGAUCAAGCACGCCACAGAGAACUCCUUCUGCUGUCAGCUAUGCGACUUCACCUGCGCCAACAGAACGGCGCUGCGGCAGCACGCCCGAGAGCACCAGCCCUCGCAGCCUGUCCGCUGCUCCAAGUGCUCGUACUCCUGCUCCAGCAAGGGGGCGCUCCGAGUCCACGAGCGGGUCCACUCUGAGGAGCGGCCCUUCAAGUGCCAGCACUGCAGCUUCGCCUCCAAGCAGCGCAGCAACCUGCUCAUCCACAGCAGGAAAUUCCAUGCAGACGCCGCUGAGAAGGGAGGCGGGGCCGGCAGCUGCAGCUCCAGCAGCAGAGGAGGAGACUCGCCGAGACCCGUGAGCUCCCGGUACCGGGCCAAGCUGGACGCCGCUCGAGCGUUCGCCUGCGACUCCUGCAGCGCCUCAUUUGUGCGGGAAGACUCGCUGAGGAGUCACAAGAAGCAGCACAAAGUCUCUGCAGCACAAGUGGACCUGGCGAAGACCCAGAACCGGGUCACACCAGAGACUCUGACCACUUUACCGCAGUUCAAAAUUAUCAUGUCGCAGUCCUCGGGUCAGGAGAGCAUGCCGGACAGUCCCAACAAGAUGGUUCUGCUGAGCGCUGAGCACCAGGACCUGGUGGUGAACUCCAUGAUACAGCAGGUAGACCUGAGCACAGAACCUGCCCUGGAACCACAGACUGUCCUUUUGGCUCACCUGAGCUCUGAGGACCAGAACCCGCUCCACCAGGCCCUGCUGCAAACAGCCAUCCCGGCACCAGAGUCCGACAGCAGCACGCAGACUUUCAUCACCAGCUGCUCAGAACUGGACCGCCUCAACGCUCUGAUCCAGGAGGGCGGGACCGAGGUCACCGUGGUGACGGUUGACAACACGCCAGCCGACAUGGGAGGCUCUCCGUUACUGGACAAGCAGGACGGGACGGCUCCUGUCCAGGACGGGUCUCUCCUGGUGCCCAACAUCAACCUGAGCGGGCAGAACGUGGUGAUCCACGGCGUCCCGCUCAUCAUGUCCACUCCGCAGCCGCAGCACAGUUCUCUGGAGCAGCUCUAUGCCGACUCUCAGACACUAGAGGGCGAUGCCGAGUCAAGUGAUGCAAUGGACACUUGAAUAUUUAGAAUAAACAAUUGUUGUUCCAGUCAGCAGUCAUGUGUUAAGCCCCGGCCCCUGGGGACUGACAAGCCUUUGGAGCAGACUUCAAAACUGAAGUUCUGAAUUUAUUAUUUCGUUUUUUCUCCUCUGUAUUAUGUGUUGCGUUUUUGUUUACUGAGUUUGUUUUUAAGUCUAACAUUUCAAGUAAAAUAGCCAUCCUUAAAUUCCUUGAUAAAAUAAUUCCUUUUCACUAUGUUGUUACUAUGUUUCUGUAUUUUAAUUUUACAAUGUUUUGCUUUUUUGUUUAAAAAAAAAAAACAAGUUUCACAAUAAAAAAUAAUGUGCUUUUAUGUCUUUUAUUGGUAGCAAAUAAGAGUAGAAAAAAAAUG